GCUCUUCUUCUUCUUCGCCGCGCCACAAUUUUUUUAUCCGGUGGAAUUUUGCAAUUCUUGAUUAUUUUAUAUUUAUUAAGUUCAACUGCAACGACAGCCAACCACUGACCCGCGACAAGAUGUCGAGCUUUGUGCUGGACAAGGAGGCGUUCGUGCGCCGCGUGAAGCGCCUGUACACAGAGUGGAGGGCACCCAGCAUCGGGCACGAUGACGCCCUCAGCAAUCUGGACUGCAUCAUGAGCGUGGUGGGCGUCGAGGAGGACGUGCUGUACUCCAAGUCCAUGGCCCUGCAGCUGUGGCUCCUCGGCUACGAGCUGACGGACACCAUCUCCGUGUUUGCCUCGGAUGCCAUAUACUUCCUCACCAGCAAGAAGAAAAUAGAGUUCCUGAAGCAGACACAAAACAUCACCGAGGAGGGUUUUCCUGAAAUCAAGCUGUUAGUCAGGGAUCGGACCGACAAGGACCAGGGCAACUUCGAGAAGCUCAUCAAGGCGCUACAAAACUCCAAGAAGGGCAAGCGCCUGGGCGUCUUCACCAAGGACGCCUACCCCGGCGAGUUCAGCGAGGCGUGGAAAAAGUGUCUCACGGCCUCCAAGUUCGAGCAUGUGGACAUCAGCACAAUCAUAGCCUACCUGAUGUGUCCCAAGGACGAGUCGGAGAUCAACAACAUACGCAAGGCAUCGCUAGUGUCCAUGGACAUUUUCAACAAGUACUUGAAAGAUGAGAUCAUGGAUAUUAUUGAUUCGGAUAGGAAAGUCAAGCACAACAAGCUCUCAGAUGGCUGCGAGACAGCCAUUGGCGAGAAGAAGUACACCAGUGGCCUGGACCCCAGGCUCCUGGACAUGGCCUAUCCACCCAUCAUCCAGUCGGGAGGCGUCUACAGCCUGAAGUUCUCCGCCGUGGCGGACAAGAAUCCCCUGCACUUCGGCGUGAUCGUUUGCUCUCUGGGCGCCCGCUACAAGUCCUACUGCUCAAAUAUCUCGCGCACCUUCCUGGUCAAUCCCACCGAGGCCAUGCAGGAGAACUACACAUUUCUGGUAAGUGUGCAGGAGGAAAUCCUCAAGCUACUGGUGCCGGGCACCAAACUGUGCGACGUCUACGAGAAGACGCUGGAGUACGUCAAGAAGGAGAAGCCCAAGAUGGUGGACAAUCUGCCUAAGAGCUUCGGCUUCGCCAUGGGCCUGGAGUUCCGGGAGAACUCUAUUGUCAUAGGACCCAAGUGCCAGGCGCUGCUGAAGAAGAACAUGGUCUUCAAUCUGCACGUGGGCAUCUCGAAUCUGACCAAUCCCGAUGCCACCGACAAGGAGGGCAAGAACUACGCCCUCUUCAUCGGUGACACUGUCCUGGUCGGCGAACAGUCCCCGGCCAGUGUGAUGACCCCGUCCAAGAAGAAGAUCAAGAACGUGGGCAUCUUCAUCAAGGACGACAGUGACGAGGAGGAUGUGGAUGACAAGAAGGCCGCGAAGGAGGAUCAGGGCACCGAGAUUCUAGGUCGAUCCAAGCGCAAUGCUGUGCUGGAGUCCAAGCUGCGUAACGAGAUCAACACGGAGGAGAAGCGGAAGGAGCACCAGCGCGAGCUGGCCCAGCAGCUGAACGAGCGCGCCAAGGAUCGGCUGGCCAAGCAGGGCAACUCCAAGGAGGUGGAGAAGGUGCGCAAGAACACCGUCUCCUACAAGUCCAUCAGCCAGAUGCCGCGCGAGCCGGAGGUAAAGGAGCUUAAGCUGUAUGUGGACAAGAAGUACGAGACCGUCAUCAUGCCCGUGUUCGGCAUCCAGGUGCCGUUCCACAUAUCGACCAUCAAGAACAUCUCGCAGUCGGUGGAGGGUGAAUACACGUAUUUGCGAAUCAACUUCUUUCAUCCGGGCGCCACAAUGGGUCGCAACGAGGGCGGACUCUAUCCUCAGCCGGAGGCCACGUUCGUCAAGGAAGUCACCUACCGCAGCUCCAACGUCAAGGAGCACGGUGAGGUGGGUGCCCCAUCUGCGAAUCUGAAUAACGCCUUCCGCCUGAUCAAGGAGGUUCAGAAGCGCUUCAAAACCCGCGAGGCGGAGGAACGGGAGAAGGAGGACCUUGUGAAGCAGGAUACGCUCAUUCUGUCUCAGAACAAGGGCAAUCCCAAGCUGAAGGAUCUGUACAUUCGGCCCAACAUCGUGACCAAGCGCAUGACGGGCAGCCUGGAGGCGCACACUAACGGAUUCCGCUACAUCUCCGUGCGCGGCGACAAGGUGGACAUCCUGUACAACAACAUCAAGAGCGCCUUCUUCCAACCCUGCGACGGCGAGAUGAUCAUUCUACUGCAUUUCCACCUGAAGUACGCCAUCAUGUUUGGCAAGAAGAAGCACGUGGAUGUGCAAUUCUACACGGAGGUGGGCGAGAUCACCACGGAUCUGGGCAAGCACCAGCACAUGCACGACCGCGACGAUUUGGCUGCCGAGCAGGCGGAACGAGAGCUGCGCCACAAGCUGAAGACGGCCUUCAAGAGCUUCUGCGAGAAGGUGGAAACAAUGACCAAGUCGAUCGUGGAGUUCGACACGCCGUUCCGUGAGUUGGGCUUCCCCGGAGCACCAUUCCGCAGCACGGUGACGCUGCAGCCCACCUCGGGAUCGCUGGUGAAUCUCACCGAAUGGCCGCCAUUCGUCAUUACGCUGGACGACGUAGAGCUGGUGCACUUUGAGCGCGUUCAGUUCCAUCUGCGCAACUUCGACAUGAUCUUCGUGUUCAAGGAGUAUAACAAGAAGGUGGCCAUGGUGAACGCUAUUCCCAUGAACAUGCUGGAUCACGUCAAGGAAUGGCUAAACUCCUGCGACAUUCGCUAUUCGGAGGGUGUUCAGUCCCUGAACUGGCAAAAGAUCAUGAAGACCAUCACAGACGAUCCCGAGGGAUUCUUCGACCAAGGCGGCUGGACUUUCCUGGACCCGGAGUCGGGCAGCGAGGGCGAGAACGAAACAGCCGAGUCCGAAGAGGACGAGGCCUACAACCCCACAGAUGCCGAAUCGGAUGAGGAGUCGGACGAAGAUUCCGAGUAUUCAGAGGCAUCGGAAGACAGCGAAGAAAGCGAUGAGGACCUUGGUUCUGAUGAGGAAUCCGGCAAGGACUGGUCCGAUCUGGAGCGCGAGGCCGCCGAGGAGGACCGCAACCACGAUUACGCCACCGACGACAAACCACGCAACGGCAAAUUCGAGUCCAAGAAGCACGGCAAGAGUUCAAAGCACAGUCGCCGCGACCGCGAGGAGGCUCGAUCGUCGUCGCACAGUAAAAAGCAUAAGUCGAACUCCUCCUCCUCCUCUUCGCAUUUAAAAUCCUCCAGCUCCAAACAUGGCAGCUCAUCUAGCCCAUCGAAGUCGUCCAAGGAUAAGUACCACAGCCGGGACAAGCAUCAUUCCUCCUCGUCGUCCGGACACAAGAGCAGCAGCAAGGACAAGGAUCGUAAACGCUCGCGCGAGGACAGUCGCGACAAUGGCCACAAGUCGAAGAAGUCGCGUCAUUAGAGGGAGUUUCCUCGAACCUUCUUGAGCGACACUCGGAUCGUAAUCUAGCUCUCCUGUUAUCAUUGUCUAUCUGUUAAAAGACCCGCCCACUCCGAUCCCCGCCCACUCAUUUUUCGCGCUUCAAAAGUUGUAUUACAAAUUAAAUAUAAUACGAUAUACAUUUAUGUAAUAAACUAAUGUAAGAACUACAUUA